UAACAUAAUGCUUGGUUUAUAGGAGGUGUUCAUGGUAGCUGUUGAAUUAAUAUUUGUUAAAUGAAUAAACUAAUGUAUUUUUUUUUUUUUUUCAGAAGGACUUUUCUGGCUGUUGGUGAAGAUGUUUGUUUAAUACUAGAGUUUCAAAUGAAAUGUCAUCUAAUUCUUUCACCAUCUCUGGUUCUUUUUUUUUUUUUCUUUUCUUUUUUAGGUAACACAGACAAGUCAAUGAAUAUAACAAAUUAUUCCAUAGUGUCUGAAUUUGUGUUACUGGGACUUUGUACCUCUAGGCCAAUGCAGCAUUUUCUUCUUUCCUGCUCUACCAUUUUAUAUAUAUCAAUUGUGCUUGGAAAUCUCCUAGUUGUGUUUAUAGUGAUAUUUGACCUUCGUUUGCAUUCCCCUAUGUACCUUCUGUUAGCCAAUCUCUCAUUUAUUGAUCUGUGUCUUUCUACAUUAACGGUCCCUAAGAUGAUCUCUGACCUGUACUCUGGGCAAAACACCAUAUCAUUCCAGGGAUGUGUCUUCCAGAUUUUUAUGCUUCAUGUCCUAGGUGGAUCUGAGAUGGUGCUGCUCAUAGCCAUGGCCUUUGACAGAUAUUUGGCCAUAUGUAAGCCUCUUCACUACCUGACCAUCAUGAGUCCACGGAUGUGCAUUUUGCUUCUGGUUGGUGCUUGGAUUAUUGGUGUCAUUCACUCAGUGGCUCAGCUAGCAUUUGUUGUCCAUUUGCAUUUUUGUUGCCCUAAUAAGAUAGACAGCUUUUACUGUGAUCUACCUCGGUUUAUCAAACUUUCCUGCAGAGAUACCUUCAAAAUGGAGUUCAUUGUUACUGCCAACAGUGGGUUCAUUUCCAUGGGAACCUUCUUAUUGUUGAUUUUCUCCUACAUCUUCAUCUUGGUCACAGUAUGGAAACACUCUUCAAAUGACUUGUCCAAGGCCCUCUUUACUUUGUCAGCUCACAUCACUGUGGUGGUUUUGUUCUUUGGACCAACCAUCUUCAUCUAUGUGUGGCCAUUUCCCACAGUACCAGUGGAUAAAUUUCUUGCCGUUUUGGACUUUUUGGUUACACCUAUCUUGAAUCCUGCCAUCUACACAUUGAGAAACAAGGACAUGAAGAUGGCAAUGAGGAGACUGAAUAGUCAAUUACUGAGUUUGAGGAAGAUCUAA